AUGGUAGUGGGGAAAACAACGAAACGGACACUGUACCGUGAGUGGAGGCAGGGAGACGGGUGGACAGAGGCAGCAGACGACGGCAGGCAGACAGAAGUCCCGUUCCCGGUAUGGAAGCGGCAGGGUGCGCGGAGCCUGGCCGCGAGCGCAGCGGCCACGGGGAGACGAGCGGCAGCGAGUCCGCAGGAGAGGACCCGCGGUGGAGACACAGCGACCAUGGCGCGCAGCCCCAAACAUGUGAUGUUGAAGAGGAGCCGCGACCAUGCAGGACGAACAAUGUGCGAGGCGUGA